CAUUUCCGAUACUUUCUUUCUCUUCUCUCCCUUUAUUCUCACACCAAUGCAGCUACUUUCCAAGUCCACAACAACUGCCCCUUCACUGUUUGGGCAGCUGCUUCUCCCGGCGGAGGACGACAACUCGAUUCCAAUCAGGAUUGGACAUUCGACGUGAAUCCCGGCACUGCUGGAGCUCGCAUUUGGGCUCGAACCAACUGCAACUUCGACGGUUCUGGUCGUGGCAGUUGCGAAACCGGAGACUGUGGAGGCCUCCUCCAAUGUCAAGGUUACGGUGCUCCGCCGAACACCCUGGCCGAAUACGCGUUAAACCAAUUCAACAACAUGGACUUCUUCGAUAUCUCUCUUGUGGAUGGGUUCAACGUUCCAAUGGAUUUUAGUCCGACUUCUGGUGGGUGCAGGGGCAUCCGGUGCGGCGUAGACAUCAAGGGACAAUGCCCCAACGAGCUGAGGGCUCCUGGAGGCUGCAACAAUCCUUGCACCGUGUUCAAAACGGACGAAUUCUGCUGCAACUCCGGCAACUGUGGGCCGACCCCUUUGUCUAGGUUCUUCAAGGAUCGUUGCCCCGAUGCGUAUAGCUACCCCAAGGACGAUCCAACCAGCACCUUUACUUGCCCCGGUGGAACUAACUAUAAGGUUGUGUUUUGCCCUUAAAAAAAUAUAUUUAUAAUAAUCACAAAACUAUAGUCUAAAUAAUUAAG